AGAGGAGCGGCAGAAGGAGGAUAGAAGGGAAAAGGAAAUCCGCUCUCGUUUGUAUCAGACCGUACACACCGUGAUGCUUCGCCUUCGAGAACAGGACGCUCUCAUCCCUCGGCCUCGAGGGACUCUGCCCAAGGCGUGUGCUGUGGCGCUGACGGCCACAGCAAUAGGAGGCACCGUGUUCCUGUCUCCUGAAAGAUUGUUUGGAUGGGUUGCCAUGGUAAUCCUCAUUCUGACCCUCGGCCCUCUGCUGCACGGGAUCUGUCUGAUGGCAGAGGAGGUGCUAAACCAUUCAAAUACGAGAUAUAGAGGCCAGAGGCUGCUGAGUCACGUGCUGCCAGCCUGUGGGUUUGGGGGGAAGACUCUGCUGGCUGCCGGGCUGGCAGGCCUCCUGGUCUAUGUGGCUGGACAUCCCUUGUCAAACAGGAGCCAAUGCUGGAAACUCCUCAUCCUGACCUCGGUCCUUUAUGCUCUUUUCAAAAGCCUGGGAGUCCUGGGUCCGUCGGAGGUGGAGGUAUCGGAAAUGUGCGAGGGGAGAAAGAUGAACGUGGCCCACGGCCUGGCCUGGUCCUUCUACCUGGGCUACCUGCGCCUGGUGCUGCCACGUUUAGAGGACUCGAUCACAGCAUUUCGUGACACUCACGAGGCCCCCUGGGGUCGUGGCUCCAGGAAGCUCCUCAUCCUCAUACCUCUCAACGCCAACAUUUCUCACAAGCUGGAGGACGAGGACGACAACAUCCGUUUCUACGACAACCUGCCCAACAACAAUAUGGACGUGGCGGGCGUCCGGGGGCGGGUCUACAAGCACAGCGUUUACAGAGUAUUUGACGAGAAUGGGAAGGUCCAUGAGUGUGUGGUGGAGUAUGCAACGCCUCUUCUGACGCUGUACGGCAUGUCCCAAGAGAGCAGCGCUGGUUUCGGGGAGCCCGAGCGCCGACGGCAGGUCCUGCUCUUCUACAGAACUCUGCAGGAAAUACUGGAGCGCUCGCUGGAGUGUCGCAACCGCUACCGACUCAUUCUGCUUAAUGAUGAGCACGAGGACGACCCCCACCUGCUGUCCAAAGCCAUCCUCAGACACCUGGAGCAGCAGGAGAAAGAAGAGUUCUCCCUCACCCCGACUCCUACGCAGGAGACGGUGCACCCCCCCAUAAAGGAAUCAAGUGACGUUGAGCGCUCCGCCAGGUUGCUACAGUUACCCCCCAUAAGUGGUAACAAUUGCCCCCCUGAGCCGAUGAGCAGGGAGCCGACGCUCAUGUUCAGCCUGGAGGAACCUCAGCCUCUGAGGGAACCUGUUGAGAACUCCGACCACUUUCAAGGAAGAAUGACGCUGCGCAAUUGAUUUAUCUACAGUCUGCUAUCUCUUUAUCUGUGUGAAUUCAUAGAGGUUCGAUAAAUGCUAAUAUUUGCUGAGAUGAAUAAUUUAUUUGAUCUUUUCUAAUUGCUUGGUUAGCUGAUGGAGACGUUUGGGAGCUGCCUGUUCUGACCAGCGACAGGAAGUGCACACAAUGUCAUUUUGAUCGACAUUGAUUGCAAGCGUGAAAACGCUUGUCUAUGUAUCUAGAAAUGGCUCAGUGUGUAAACAGAUGAAUGGAUCAGGUCUCGGUUUUGAAAUGAAAUCAGUGUGUGUGUAGAAAUAUCUGGGAAACCAUGAAGCUUUUGUCUAGAAGACAAUGUUGUCUUUAAGCAGCUACGAAAUGAUGGAUGAAGAGUUUGUUAUUCUCCUUCAUCUUGUAAAUAUGACAUCUAAUAACAUCCAGUUGUUCUGUCCAAUAUUGGUGUAGACUGGUCCUGCUGUUGCUACCAGUGGGUCCAUUUCAAAGGUUGGUGUCAGCAUUUAGUUAAUCACGACAAGUCUUUCAAAUAGAUGGGGUGAGAAGAAUGGUGAAAAUGUUGUAUGUAUAGUAUUUAUAUUCAAGGUAAUAAUAUUGGUAAUAGGAGUUAAAAUUGUAAAAUCACAGAAAUAUUUACGGCAGCAAAGCUCUGAAAGAGAGAUAUGGAGGAAGAGAAACAUCUACGAGUGUGUUUUAUGAUAAUAAAAAAGAGUUCAAAGAAGCCUGACACCACACCUGCUUACCUGCUUCUCCCAUGAGCGCACACACAUACUGAAACUGCAAUGUUAGCAUGCUAAUAUGCUAGCCUAAGAUGA